ACAGCCUAGGCGUCAUGGGACUCAGCGAGGACCCUUGCCAGCAGGGCCGGUGGGUGGGGCCCGAGCCUGGCCGCCGCCGCCGCCGUCGGAGCUUGGCAGCUUCCGUUCGCUCCCCGCCGCGCGCUCCAGCUUCCUGACACCGUCCAGACUCCAGCAUGCCGGGUCCGACGCCCAGCGGCACCAACGUGGGGUCCUCGGGCCGCUCUCCCAGCAAAGCUGUGGCCGCGCGGGCGGCGGGGUCCACGGUGCGGCAGCGGAAAAAUGCCAGCUGCGGGACCCGGAGCGCAGGUCGCACGACCUCAGCAGGCACUGGGGGCAUGUGGCGAUUUUACACGGAGGAUUCACCUGGGCUGAAAGUUGGCCCCGUUCCAGUAUUGGUUAUGAGUCUUCUGUUCAUCGCUUCUGUAUUUAUGUUGCACAUUUGGGGCAAGUACACUCGUUCAUAGAUUCAGCGACAUCCAUCUGUCUGUCAUCUGAAGAAGAAGAGGAAAAAAAGCCCCAACAUAUCUUGGACCAAAAGCAUAGUGAUUAUCUGUUCAUGAGAAAGAAAUUUUCUAUAAGCUUUACUAUUUUACACGGAACUCAAUAAGAAUUGAUGAAUUGAUUUUGAGAAAUCAGUUUUUUUUUUUUCUAUGACUAAUAAACUAUUAAAAUUCAUCUAUA